UUCCAAGGACGAUGCGGUGGAGUUCCUGCCGCGCAUCCUUGUCCUCUUUGGUGGUGUUUGCGCUGCUGGGUGGAGGCCGAUCCAGCAGCCUGUCCGCUCUACUCCGUACCAACGACUGUGGAACAAGGCCUGCUGUAGAUAAGCUAAAAACAGGGGCUCGGAUUGUAGGAGGAUAUGAAGCACAGCUUGGAGCAUGGCCAUGGCAAAUUAGUCUUCAAAUUUACCGUCUUGGUAUAGGUCUAAGAUAUCUCCAUGUAUGUGGCGGAUCAUUAAUUAAUAACAAUUCAGUGCUAACAGCUGCACACUGCAUUAAAGAAAAGUUGAAGCCAGAGAUUUGGAAGGCUGUGAUUGGCUUGCAUCAUCUUUACUUGCAUGAGUCUCAUACUGUGCAGAGCCGGGUUAGGGCUAUCAUGAUCCACUCUAAGUUCAACAAAAAAACUUUAGAAAAUGAUGUUGCCUUGUUUAAGCUAAGCAAGCCUGUCAUAUAUAAUGACUAUAUUCAGCCUAUCUGCUUACCUAACACUUCUCUUCUCCUGACUGAUGGGACUCCAUGUUACAUAAGUGGAUGGGGAUUGAAAAAUGAGAAUGGUGUAGGCACUUAUAUAUUACAUGAAGCUCAAAUAAGAAUUAUUCCACUAAAAAUCUGUAAUAGAUAUGACUGGUAUGCAGGGGCAGUGUCAAGAAAUAAUCUUUGUGCUGGCUCUGAAACUGGACAUGUUGAUAGUUGCCAGGGAGACAGUGGUGGUCCUCUUAUGUGCCAGUUCCCAAAUGACAAAAAACAUUAUCUCAUAGGAAUCACAAGUUAUGGCAUUGGCUGUGGUCGGCCAAAGCAGCCAGGAGUCUAUGUAGAUAUAGCUAAUUACAGACAUUGGAUAAAUUCGCAUGUUGCUCUAUAUAACAACACCACAAGGUUGAGCAUUCAUUGUGUUCUGCUCUUUUUGACUGUGUUCCAUCUUGUCAUAUAAAAAGCCAAUUCUUGUUCCAUUAUACUAGAAUUAUCUCAGAUUGCUUGUUAUAUUUAUUACUUCCUCUUACAAAUCUUUAACAAAAAUGAUCAUUUUACCAGUGCAUAGGCAUUGUCAUCUAUUAUUUUAUCCCCAUCCAAGAAAGUGUGUAUUCCUUCUGUAAUUUAUAGAGAAGCUAUGUAUGUAACAGA